UACAUUGGGGCUCAGCUGGGGAGGAAGGAGAGCAGCGGCUUUUCCUCCUGUCCGCCUGUCUCCCUGCGUAGCUAUCUGUCGCUCUGUUUGUCUCCCUUCCUCUCGUCUCUAAUUGUCUCUCUUCCUGGCUGGCGCUGCAAUGUGGCUGUCUCUGCAGUGAAAGUGCUGGCUGGCAGAUUCUCCUUGAGUGAACCCUGACUGUGCGCAGUGAGCGUUUGACGCUCUGCCGUUGUCCUGUUUGCCAGCCUCUGAGUGAGCACCGGCUGCAGAAGCAGUCUCUUCCACAGGAGUGCUGCUGGGGCUGGCAACUAGGCUCACUACACCCAGGACCACUGUAGGUGCAACACUGGGACGUGCCGCGUUUGGGGUCCAGACACCCAGGCAGCAGCUUCCAGACUUAAUCCAGUGUACCAGAGAGGCCACGUUGUGCUAAGGGGUAUUCUACUAGAUAUUCUGAGCCUGGGCUGGAUCCUGCAACACUAUUUGUUCUGGAGCAGAUCUGGCUGCCAUGGAGGUCCUGUUUGUUGGGGGUGAACCCCUGAGGCUGGGCCUUCUACACACAGCCGUCGGCCUGAUCUUCUCUGUGCUGCUUGGUGUGUGGUCUGCUCAGGCCCUUGAGAUGUCUGUGGGGAAGGUUCCCUUCCUCGAGGCAGUGAAUGGCAGCACCGUCAUGUUGCCUUGCUCAUACUCGAGCUGUAUCGGCAUCAAGAACCUCUACUUCAACUGGCAGUUCAAUGAAAAUGGCAGCGUGGUAAAGGUCUGUGAGUCGGUGAUAGCAUCAGAGGAGGUGGAGCCAAAAGUGAGUAUAUACCGAGACCGGGUGGAGUUUGUGGGGAAAAACCAUCACAACAACAUCUCCAUCUUGCUGUGGAACAUCACGUUCGAGGACGGAGGCCAGUACACUUGUUUUGGACGCAACCCAAAAGAGAAGGACAAAAACCACAGUGCCAUCUUCAACCUCAUUGUGGUGGAUGAGUUGAGGGUGGUGGACAACACGCUGACUAUCAUCAUAGCCUCAGCUGUAGGCGGAGCCAUUGCAUUGUUGAUGGGCUUCAUGUUGCUCAAGAACUUCACUCUCUUUGUUCUUUCCAAGCUUGAGGAGAAAAAUAAGGAGUGCCUUGUAACUUCAUCAGGGAUCGACAACACAGAAAAUGGCCUCUCAGGAUCCAAAGCUGACUCAAAACCAACACCAAAAAAGAAAUAAGAAGGUGCAUGUAUAUAUACAACCACAGGAGUGCUCAUGUUUAUAUACAUUCUUUGCAUAUAUUUGUAUAUGCACAUGUGUUUGGACACAUGCAAAUUCAUUUCUGUUGAAGUUGGAAUCUUAAAAACUGGCUGUGGGUAUAUAUUCAUGUGCACACAAUACUGCCACAUGUGCACAGAACAGUAAGUGUGCAGAUGAUAUACAACUAAAGGAUGUGCAAAUCGUGAGUGCACACAUAAUUAUUUAAACGUCCACAUAAUUUAAUAAUUUACAUCCAAAGGGUAAUUGCACCUACCAGGGACACUGCAGCUUGACUUUUUUAGGACUAAUGUCCUAUCUUAUAUACAUUUGCAUCUCUCCUAUUUAAAUGUGUCCUGCUGGCACACAGAGCAGGAAGAUCAAAUCAAAAGAAGCCCAUACCUUUGUCUAAAUGGAAAAUAUUAUUCCCAAGUCAUUUCCGCUUUGACUGUGGGACUGACAAUUCAUUAUACCGUAGACUUACAGUAGACAGUGGAAGAACACUCACCGCUCUGGCAAUAACGGUGAAGGAGGUGCAACCUUAAAGAUAGUAAUACAGGAGGAAGGAGGAAGUCAGCUAUUUAACUAUCUACAGUUUACAACAGUCCACUUGUUGUUAGGACCCAUGAGGUUUAACGUAACCGUUUGACUCCCAAGUGUUUCCGCAGGCUCUGUAUACACAAGUAGAUUUGUUGAUUUACUGAUGGAUAUUUGGUUGUUUUAAUCAUUACCACCAGCAAAGUCAUCAUCUGGUACAUCCCUGCCAAGCAGUUACACAAAGUGAUUGUUAACCUGUCCUUCAACAUCAUUUUCUCUGGUUUUGUGUUUGUAAUUUGAGCAUUAGAUAUCACUUCAAGCACACCAUGGGUACCUGAUUUAAAAGGCUGUGUAGACACAGGGGGGCCCCUUAUUUUACUGGUAAUGGUCUUACGUGUUUACCGUGGUUAUGUAGUGAGUUUAAGCUUAGUGAAGGCAUGCUUGUUUAUAAUCAGUAAGAUACAUAUCUCUGGUAGAUGGUUUCCUUCUGAACUCAUUAGAUUAAAACCAAAUUAUGUGCACAUUUUAUUGGAUUAUGAGGAUGUUUUAUUUUAUGUGCACAGUUAUGAUAUUGUGUGGGUUGAAUGAAAAACAGUUGUAUGUCAUUGCACAGUUGCGCAAUGUUUAAAGUACUUUGUUGCCAUGAUAUAUCAAUUGUCUGUAGCCACAGCCAGAGAACACUGAAGAAAUAAUUUUUGACAGUUUUUCACCAAAAUCAAAACAAAUGAACAGUUCUUUGUUUAAGUGCUUGAAAUAGGGAAUAAUACAAUGGGCUGAAUCCUUCUUUCACUAACAACAAAUUCACAGUAGCCCUUCAAUAUAAUGGUGAACUUAAUCAAAAUCAGUGCUUGAUUUUGAAAUGACAGUGAUGUCCUAUCAUUUCACGCAGUUCUAUCUGACAGAUCUACUGAUCCAUUUGUUUCUACUUUCCACAAAACACCCAGUAUAUUAUCUGAUUUAUUCAAAAGGGUGAUUUUAGACUUACUAGCACAAAGGCUACAUUGACAAAAAAAUUGUAGGUUUCAUCCCAGUUCUUCAUCUUUUACCCUCUCCUUGCUUGAUAUAAACACAGGUGCCUGUUAGUGCUUCUCUGCUCCUCUGUCAGCGAGGACAACUACAUAUUGCAAAACAGUUUAUAAAACUCAGCAGACGGUAAUAAUACAACAAGCUUCUGAACUACAAUGAUAGACAAUCCCUUAAAACAACCCCCCCCUUCACUCUCUAGAAAAACGAAUGACCCCUGAUAACGAUGCUGCUGCUUUUAAGACAAAUAACCAAUGCAUUUUAAGCAUGUGCAACAUGGGGCAGAUUUUAGACACAGUGCUUGAAAACAGACAUGCAUACUUUUUGGAAAAUCAUGUUCUAAUAUAUUAACACUGGUAGCAUCAGCGCUGAGGUUAACUGUAAAUCCCAUUUUAUGCCAUGCUACUUUCAUUGUGCUAACCCUGGCUAAGGCUAAGCACUAUUUGGUGAUGUGGACCUGGACUCUGUAUGCCCGGAUCAGGCUCUACAUAUUCCCUUUGCUUAGUAUGUGCCUCUUCAUGGAAAUGGCUUGUUUUUCCUAAAGACUGAAAAAGGUCCAUUUGAUCAGUGUUUUACUCUUUACAAUAAAUAAUUUUUACCUGCUGCACUGCAGCGGGAAAGAUAAACCUGGUUGCCCUUUCCAUGCAUACAGUAAUUGAUCCAUAAAUUCAUGGUUUAAAUUAUUAUGGGCUCAGGUCUCAGAUAGGCUGAGUAGGGGGGCUGCAGUUCAAGAAUAAACCCUGUUCAAGCAGGAAACGGAUAAGCAGGGGAAGUGAUGCUCUCAGUGCAGCCACUGACUGCGUCAAACAGGGAUGAUUCCUACUGAGCAUCACAUCAGGAGAUGAAUGUAUCUGCAUCAAACUCAAACAGUGAAAUAUAAUUUUAAGCUGCAUUUACAAUAUACAUCGGUUGCACAUUCAAGACACUGAAUGUCUGGCUUUAAAAAGAAAUACCUCUGGAGAGUGGGACAGGUGUGUGGGUAAACACUUUGUCAGGUCAGAUAUAAAUGUACCUCCCCAGUCGCAACAAGUGUUAAAAGAGCGUACUGUACAGUGAAGUGGGAAUUUCUGUUGGUUUUCUGAAACUCUCUGUUAUGUCAGUAAUAAUGUGCCUCCAGUCUUUAAUCGGUGGCGUGAAGCAAUAUAUUAUAAAGUGUCGGGCACUUUAAGAAGUUGUAUAUUUUUGUGUAUGUAUAAUCCAAAUCAGUGUUGGUUUGUCACAUUGUUCAUCAUAAUGAGACGAAAGGAAACCAAACAGCACACAUGAGGAAAGAGGCAGGAGCCUCGAUUCUUUAGGGUGCCAUGAAAUGGUAUUGUUUGCUACUCACCGUGAUGUUGAACAUGUUGAAUUAGAGGGCGAGGAAUCCAUCAAUUUCCAGUCUUUAUGCUAAGCUAACCGUCUCCUGGCUGUAGCUUUGUAUUUACCAUACAGACUUGAGAGCAUUAUUAAUCCUCAGCAAGAAAGCAAAUAAAUGUAUUAUUCUCUCAAGAAUAAACCAGUGGAUCAUGAAAAAAAGGACUGAUUUGAUAGGACUGGCAGAAAAGCAUAAGUGCUGAAACAUUUUUAAUGACCUCAUCAUCCCAUUUAUUUUGGGAUCUUUUAGAAGAUAGAAGAUGUGAAGAAGAUAUUGCAGGUACGCAAGGUGCGAGAAAUAUUAUGGGUACUGUACAUUUGUCAUAUGUGUGUUGUUUGGCUUUCAAGAGAAAAUCCACCCUCGAGCAGGACUAUGAAUUGCAUUAUUGAGAAAUCUGAUAUUAACCUUUAGGCUGUCGUUGUGACUUUGGAACCAUGAGGACAUAUUUUCGUGGGAUCAUAAAAUUAAAUGGUAUAAUUGCAAAAUUAAAAAUUAAGUCAUCUAUUUUAACUGUAGAAGAGUGGGUUUUCUCUGACUAAUCUCUGCCAGUUGCUGUCUAAUUAGACUCGGUUAAACAAAAAAGGGAUUUGUUUGAAUUACCGUCUUGCUGAAUCAAUGAGUUGAGAAAAAAAAACUUUUGGUGGGUGUUGAGAUUGUGUCAGUGAGGGCAUUAUGAGGACAAGCAACUCUAUGCAAAUUACAACAGAAGUGAAUCCUUUGACAAUUUGUCACACUGCACCUUUGAGUUACUGUGACAGUUCCGUAAGCAAUAUGCAACAAUAGGAGAUGUCCUGGAUCAGGGAGUUGUGAUGAUGAGAUGCAGGAUGAAUGGGGAGCAUCCAGAAAGGAGCACCGACUGGACUGGAGCCCCUGUACUCAAUCAGAUCCUGCAGAGCAUGUAGACUCACAAAGUCAUACUCCGCUGCUGCUCUCUGCACACAAAUAAACAGCUCUAAUGCUCUGGCUCAGCCUCAAAUGAUGUCUCCAUUUCCACCCUCUCAU